AUGGGGACACCGGAGACCCCGACGUCCGAUCGUGUGGAGACGGGGAGAGGCGGCGGCGGGCGAAGUGGUGGCGGCGGGAGGCGAAGCGGCGGCGGCGGCAGGCGAGGCGGCGGCGUGCCCGGUCGACGGGGGGCGUUCUACAAAAUGGCAGAGUCUGUUGCUAUUGCCAGGGCCUGGGAGGCGGUUAAGACGGAUGCCAUAGUUGGUACAGAUCAGACCGAUGUUUGCUUCUGGAAGCGCGUCGUGACGGUAUACAACGGAUUCAAACCGGUAGGCAGCGUUGAGCGUUCACACGACCAGAUCCGGAAGAAGUUCAGCAGGAUCACUAGAGCCCUCAAGAGGUUCACUGACAUAUACGAAAACCAACUCCGCUCUGCUUAG